CGGACAUAGCCAGUUCAACCAUCCAGAUUCGUGAUUUCUCUACUACAUUAUUUCAUUUUUAAAAUAAAAACGUGAAAAAAGGGCGUCAUUUCCUUGCCACACCCUGUUUCGUGAAGCGUAGUGCAUCAAGAUCUCUCUAUCGCUCUCUGAAAUCGAAAAUGAGCAAGGGACCUGGUCUCUUCACCGAUAUCGGCAAAAAAGCCAAAGAUCUUUUGACUAAGGACUACACCUCCGAUAGGAAACUCACAGUUUCAUCCUACAGCAGCGCCGGAGUUGCGCUCACUUCAACUGCUGUGAAGAAAGGAGGACUCUCGACUGGGGAUGUGGCAGCACUGUACAAGUAUAAGAACACUAUUAUUGAUGUUAAACUUGACACGGCAUCAAUUAUCUCCACAACCCUCACAUUCACUGACAUUAUUCCGUCCACCAAGACUAUUGCUUCAAUUAAGCUGCCUGAUUAUAAUUCUGGCAAGCUAGAGGUUCAAUACUUCCAUGACCAUGCUACCUUGACAACCGCUUUUGCUUUGAAUCAAUCCCCUGUCAUUGAUGUUUCUGCUACCGUCGGUACCCCAAGCAUUGCUUUCGGCGGUGAGGCAGGCUAUGACACUACAUCUGGUCGUUUUACAAAAUACACUGCUGGGAUUAGUGUCACGAAAGCAGAUUCAUCUGCUUCAAUAAUCCUAGGUGACAAGGGUGACAGCAUUAAAGCAUCAUACGUCCAUCAUCUGGACCUAUUGAAGAAGAGUGCUGCUGUUGCAGAGGUCACUAGAAAGUUCUCCACAAAUGAGAACAUUCUUACAGUGGGAGGGUCUUUUGCUGUUGACCCUCUGACACAGGUCAAAGCAAGGCUCAACAAUCAAGGACAUCUUGGCGCCCUCUUGCAGCAUGAGAUCAUACCAAAAUCAGUGUUGACUAUUUCUGGUGAGAUUGACACCAAGGCCCUGGAUAAAAAACCCAGGUUUGGAUUGGGAGUUGCCCUCAAACCGUGAGCCUUUUGUUCAUUUUUAGAAAAGUGAUCGGAGUUACAAACUUCAUUCAAUUUUUUUGGUGGCCCUUGAAAGGAGGGAAAAUAAUUAGCUCCACAUAUGAGCAUUUCCAGGCUCUUCAUGAAUGGAUAAAAAUCUUAUAAUUCGAAUCCUCGAGUGUCUUUUGUUUCCCUUUUUUUUUUCUUGAACUUUCUGCUUUUCCUCCAACAUUGUGGUAGGCAUUACAAGAUCUAUAGGUCAUGUUGUCUAGGAGGAUUUUAUCGAGUGUGCUUUUCUUACAAUUUUACUUUCAAUUUUUCUCUUGGAUAACUUCCACACCCCUUCAAUAUUGUUAUUCUUUCAGUGAAUUGGAUUAAAAGAAGGGAAGAGGAGGGAAGGAAAAUGAUCACUUUAUUUGGUCCAAGUAUAAGUGUACGAGAGGAGAAAUAUAAUAUAUUUUUGUGCUCCAUAAAAUAUUAAUGGAGAGGCUGA